AUGACUGGUGUUCAAGAAACUUCGUGCAAGCUUUGCCUCAAAACUGUAACCGUUAAAGGUUUUGAGGUAAUAGACGACGUUACUAGAGAUACUUUAGAUGUUCUUUUGCUGAAAUUGAAAUUUGAUGCCGAGGGCAAAGAGUUUAUAUGUAACGUCUGCAGAAGAAAGUUAAAUGCAGCAUUCGAAUUUAAGUCAACUUGUCUGAAGACCCAUUACACAAUUAUUCCAUAUGUGGAUUGUGAAAAAAUGUUACAGCUCGAUAUAAGAGAUGUGUAUACGAAGGAAAAGACAAGCGAGUCAGUGCAUAUUUCAGACGGUCAGAAAAUAUGUCGAUUGUGUAUGGAGCCAGUAGAAAGUGAGUUGAGGUGCAUUUGUCAAGAGGAACUUGAAGCUAUCGAGAAAUUGGCUCCUGAAAUGAAUAUAAAUAUCAUCAAAGAUCCCGUUGUGUGUAAGGAAUGCUUUGCUUCUGUGUGCACCCACAACAGUUUCCUAAAAAAUUGCUUGGAAGUACAGGAAGAAAUUAGGGGUAUUUCUAAUAACGCAGCAACAGAAAGUCUGAUAGAUACGUCACCAUCUUAUUUAUUUGUUAAGACUGAAAACCAGGACAAGGAAUUCGAUAUCAAUCAGAUGGAAAUGUCAAUCAAAGCUGAAAGUAUCGACAUAAAAUCGGAAGAUGAAGAAAGUAGCGACUCGCUACUGCAGAGCUCCAAUAGUGAUUUAUUCGAGAAGAGUGUUCGUCGAGAUGCAGAGGAGGAUGGAUGUAAACAUGAGAAUAGAUCGACAAACGAAUGUAUGAAUGAGUAUGAAACUGAAAAUAAAAAAUUUUUUCAGAAGCACCGGUUGAGGCAUAAAGACUCUUCGGAUACGAGUAUGCACCGAUGCGGAUCAUAUGAUUACAAGACAAGCCACAGGUGUGAGCUUGCUAAGUGUCAGGUGAAACACAAAAGCGCUUCUGAAGGUGAUUAUAAAAUCAAAAACACCGCGUUACCGAAUAAGGACACUUCACAACUGCCCAAAUAUAAAUGUGACGGUUGCACAUACCAAUCAGAGAAUAAGACACAUUUUACCAGACACAAGUUGGUACAUAAACAUCCUUCACAGGCCAAAAUGUACGGGUGUAACGACUGCGAUUACAAAACUAAAUUCCACAAUUGUAUUAAACGGCAUCAGCUGAAACAUAAAGAUCCUUCUCAGGUUCAAAUGUACAGGUGUAAGGACUGCGAUUAUGAAACUAGAUACAAAAGUGAUAUGAAACAACACCAACUGAAACAUAAGGAUCCUUCUCAGGUUCAAAUGUACAGGUGUAAGGACUGUGUAUUUUGCGGGAAUUUGAACGAAUGA